CUGCUACGGUUUCCACUAGGUUUAAUGUACGACCCUCUCAAGACAACAUCUAGCCCAAGAGAUCGUGAAGUCCUCAAGUGUGAAACAAGGUUCUCUGCGCCGAUUUGCGAGCUCCGUACGGCAGCACAGUACGCCGUGCAGAACAUCGACGUCCAGUGAAGACCUCGUCUCGCGGGGAACGAUCUUGGGUUGUCUAUGCAAUCCUACUGGUGUACUGGCUAUCGAAGCGAUGCCACCCUCUGCAAGUCGCCCUACCCAACGGAGCAUAUGCCACGUCAGCGCGACUGCCAGUGUCAGUCAGCUAGACAUUCCACUCAUAUAAUAAUACAGAGACUGCCUGCCCACCAGCAGGGUCAUGACGAUCAAGAAGAGGUUUGGCGACCGGGCGCAUACGGUGUGUCAAGCGACGCCGUCGAUUUCAUAUUAUCUAGUGUCUCCCACUGGCACUGCCGUGACAUAGGCAUCUGGGAUUCGGAUCAAACACCUCUCGUGUCUUUCAUUUAUGAGCUUUUCGUGACGCCACGCAAGACGGGCGAUUCGGAAGGACGACGAUCUUCAUGCCGAUCUUGAACACACCCGCGGCCUUGCCUCACCCACAGUCGUCGACGAUCCAGGCGCGAUCGUUCUCCGUGACCACACAUCACGAUGGCUACUGAGUGGCACUCUGUCGAACCACGA